UGUAUCUGUAAAUUACAAUUUGGGUGUUGAAAAUGGCGGGUAACGAUUGGAUAAACAGCUAUUUGGAGGCGAUACUCGAUGUGGGUCCUGGACUAGAUGAUGCAAAAUCGUCGUUGCUGCUGCGUGAAAGAGGGAGGUUCAGCCCCACUCGCUACUUCGUGGAGGAGGUUAUCACCGGCUUUGAUGAAACCGAUCUCCACCGCUCCUGGGUUCGGGCUCAAGCCACGAGGAGUCCCCAGGAGAGGAACACCAGAUUGGAGAACAUGUGCUGGAGGAUUUGGAAUUUGGCUCGUCAAAAGAAGCAGAUUGAGGGAGAGUUAGCCCAGAGGAAGGCUAAACGUCGACUUGAACGUGAAAGAGGCCGCAAAGAAGCAACUGCUGAUAUGUCUGAAGACUUAUCAGAAGGAGAGAAAGGAGACAUUGUUAGUGAUGUAUCGGCUCACGGUGAUAGCAAUAGAGGCAGGCUGCCUAGAAUAAAUUCUGUGGAUGCAAUGGAGACAUGGGCUAGUCAGCAGAAGGGGAAAAAGUUAUACAUUGUAUUGAUAAGCCUUCAUGGUCUGAUCCGGGGUGAAAAUAUGGAGCUUGGUCGUGAUUCUGAUACUGGUGGUCAGGUUAAAUAUGUUGUGGAACUUGCAAGGGCUUUAGGCUCAAUGCCAGGUGUUUAUCGAGUUGAUUUGCUGACUAGGCAAGUGUCAUCGCCUGAUGUAGAUUGGAGUUAUGGUGAACCGACAGAGAUGCUAACUCCAAGAAAUUCAGAAGAUUUGACAGAUGAGAUGGGGGAGAGCAGUGGUUCUUAUAUUAUCCGAAUACCAUUUGGUCCAAGAGAUAAAUAUAUUCUGAAGGAACUUUUGUGGCCUCACAUUCCUGAAUUUGUUGAUGGUGCACUUAACCACAUAAUACAGAUGUCUAAUGUUCUUGGUGAGCAAGUUGGUAGUGGGAAGCCAGUAUGGCCUGUUGCCAUCCAUGGGCACUAUGCAGAUGCAGGUGACUCUGCUGCUCUUCUUUCUGGAGCUUUAAAUGUACCAAUGCUGUUUACUGGUCAUUCUCUUGGCCGAGAUAAGUUGGAACAACUCUUAAAACAAGGUCGGCUGUCAAGGGAGGAAAUAAAUUUGACAUACAAAAUACUGCGUCGGAUAGAGGCUGAGGAAUUAUCUCUUGAUGCCUCUGAUAUAGUCAUAACGAGCACUAGACAGGAAAUAGGUCAGCAGUGGCGUUUAUAUGAUGGUUUUGAUCCAAUAUUGGAGCGUAAAUUAAGAGCAAGGAUCAAGCGGAAUGUCAGCUGCUAUGGCAGGUUUAUGCCUCGCAUGGUUAUAAUUCCUCCUGGAAUGGAGUUCCAUCAUAUUGUUCCACAAGAUGGUGAUAUGGAUGGUGAGACUGAAGGGAAUGAAGACCAUCCUGCCACUCCAGAUCCACCUAUCUGGUCUGAGAUAAUGCGCUUCUUUACCAAUCCUCGCAAGCCAAUGAUACUUGCACUUGCUAGGCCAGAUCCCAAAAAGAACAUAACAACUUUGGUCAAAGCCUUCGGAGAAUGUCGGCCGCUAAGAGAACUUGCAAAUCUGACACUAAUUAUGGGGAACAGAGAUGGGAUUGAUGAGAUGUCAAGCACAAAUGCAUCUGUUCUUCUUUCAGUGCUUAAGCUUAUUGACAAAUAUGAUCUAUAUGGAGUAGUGGCUUACCCUAAACACCACAAACAGAUUGAAGUUCCAGAUAUAUACCGUCUAGCAGCAAAAACAAAGGGUGUUUUCAUUAAUCCAGCUUUCAUCGAACCAUUUGGGCUUACUUUAAUUGAGGUGCUCUAUUUUGUAUUUAUCAGUGGUUUACUUUUUGCAGCUGCUCAUGGUUUGCCUAUUGUUGCCACAAAGAAUGGAGGUCCUGUUGAUAUACACCGGGUGCUUGACAAUGGUCUUCUUGUUGAUCCUCAUGAUCAGCUGUCUAUUGCUGAUGCUCUUCUAAAGCUUGUUGCAGAUAAGCAGCUUUGGGCAAGAUGUCGACAAAAUGGGUUGAAGAACAUUCAUUUAUUUUCAUGGCCAGAGCAUUGUAAAACCUACUUGUCUCGAAUUGCCGGUUGUAAACCAAGGCAUCCCCAGUGGCAAAGGAGUAAUGAUGGAGAGGAAAGUUCAGAAUCAGAUUCGCCAAGUGAUUCUUUGAGAGAUAUACAGGACAUUUCUCUUAACUUGAAGUUUUCAUUGGAUGGAGAAAAAAGUGGAGCCGGUGACAACGAUAGUACUUUAGAAUCUGAAGGAAAUGCCACUGAUAGGAGGAGUAAGUUAGAGAAUGCUGUUUUAGCCUGGUCAAAAGGUAUUUUAAAGGAUAACCGAAAGUCUGCAUCAGCAGCAGACCAAAACACAAGCACAGGAAAGUUUCCAGCAUUAAGGAGGAGGAAACAUCUCUUUGUUAUAGCUGUCGAUUGUGAUUCCAGUGAGAAUCUUCUUGAAGCAACUAAAGUGAUUUUUGAGGCUGUGGAAAAGGAAAGGACUGAAGGCUCUAUAGGAUUCAUUUUGUCCACGUUCAUGACAAUAUCAGAAAUACAUGCUUUCCUGGUCUCAGGAGGUUUGACCCCUAAUGCUUUUGAUGCCUUCAUAUGCAAUAGCGGUAGUGAUCUCUACUAUUCGGCCAUUAAUCCUGAAGAUGGUCCGUUCGUGAUUGACUUUUAUUAUCACUCACACAUUGAAUAUCGUUGGGGUGGGGAAGGAUUGAGGAAAACUCUGCUUCGUUGGGCGUCUUCAAUCAUGGAUCAGAAGGUUGAGAAUGAGGAGCAGAUAAUUACUGCAGAUGAACAACUUUCAACUAACUACUGUUAUGCUUUUAGAGCAAAAAAGGCUGCAAUGGUUCCCCCUGUCAAGGAGCUUCGAAAGUUGCUGAGAAUUCAAGCUCUCCGUUGUAAUGUUAUUUAUUGUCAAAAUACGGCAAGGAUAAAUGUGAUUCCAGUCUUGGCAUCUCGUUCCCAAGCUCUCAGGUAUUUGUAUGUUCGUUGGGGGGUGGACUUGUCAAGAAUGAUUGUUUUUGUUGGAGAAUGCGGUGAUACAGAUUAUGAAGGAUUGCUUGGUGGGCUGCAUAAAAGUGUGAUACUGAAGGGGGUUUGCACUAGUGCAAGCAGCAAUUUCCAUGCUAGUAGAAGCUAUCCCCUCUUGGAUGUCAUGCCAGUGGAUAGCCCCAACAUUGUUCAUACACCUGAGGAUUGGUCAUCUUCUGAUAUUCGCAAUGCCUUGGACAAGCUAGGACUUCUCAAGGGCUAGACAUUUAUAACUCCUCUUGCAUUCCAGUUCUUACUGGUACCGAAGUCUCUCUGCGUGUAUUGCACUGUCAUUCUGUCUCCACCAUCUCUCAUCUCUGUUGGGAAAACCUGGUAUCAUAUUCCGCUUGUCUUGUGCAUUCCUUUCUUAGUACCAAUCCCUUAUCGCUACCAUUGGUGAUAAAUUUCACAAUAAAGAAUGCCUUCUGUGCUGUGUACAUGUUGACUGCUAGGCCCGCUGGAACCAUAUUCUGAAUGUUUGUAGCCUCGACAGUGAACAGCGAACAAUGAACACCUGGUUGUGUUCCAGCCAUAAACAAGAAGUCUCUCUCUCUCUCUCUCUCUCUCUCUCUCCCUCCGCGUCAAAUAGAUUGAGACCCUUUAUUUUAUGUGAUGUUAGAAUUGUAAGUUCGUAAUGAAUAAACAUUUGUUGCCUUGUUGGAUUGCCAAAAAAAAAUGUAUAAUUAAGUUCCUUUCAUCAA